CAUGAGUUCAUCUCAUGUAUAGACAAACAAACCCUGAAAGUUUCAUCCAAAUCGGAGCACCUCGAUACGACCUCUAGAACAAACCGAGCAGAAUCUACAAAUACUGCCUCUUAAGCUCUACCAACCAAAUUCUCUACCUUCCUAAAUUUAACCUUUUUUCUGUACAGUCAGCAGAAUAUAUUUUUAGUAAAAUUUCCAAGAAACUUCCAGCCAAUUAACAAAAUUAUAAAUUUUGGUAUACGUGGUAUUUUGGUACGUACACGUGGUAGAAUUUUUUUAAGAGGCAGGAAAUUAACCAAAAUUCAAUUCUGACGAUUUCCUAUCUUGACGAAACUAAAGGUGGGCCAAACUAGAAGCAUUCUAAUAGGUAGAACAAGAGUUACAAUACUCUCCGCUUUGCGUCCUUCAUUCUGAGAAAUACCCACGUAAACACACCUUUAUCUGUUACUCUUACUACCUAAAUUUGUCAAAGCAGGCAAUUUCGCUUCAAUUCUUAUUCAGUAUAACGCUAGCAUUCGCGUAAGAUAGUGUUCAAAAAUGUCACAAACCUCCAAGGAUAUCGUUGCGUCGUGUGGAAUUUGCCGACAACCGGCAAAUCCGGUUACGGAUAAAACCGUAACCUGCAGCGGAAGACCGGGCUGUGGCAGGUGCUUCCAUUCGUUCUGUGCCGAUCUGACCUGACCGUGUGGACCGCGUUGGCUUCGGACGACGGGUUGAGGUGGUUCUGUGCCGAUUGUCGUAGGCAUGUGGAAACUCCCAAGCAGGAGUCGGCUGAAGUUACUUUGAAGGACAUUUUGUUGCGGAUUGAUCGGUUGGAGGCGAAGGUAGAUUCAAGGUGCGCCAAGUGCCACGAUCAGCUGAAAUCGGAGACGAGCGAAAAAAGAGAUGUGGCUCAAGCGCUGGAGAGUAGCUAUUCAGGGAAUUCAGUGUUAAGCCAUCCGUCAGUUAUACCUCCGUCAACUGAGAAAUUUGAAAAAGAUGAAUGUAAACAGUGGAUGGCAUUACCAGAUGAACUCUGGCAGAAGGUAUUCCAGAAUUUAAGCGUGUAUCAACUGUUCCAAGUUCGUUUGACGUGCCGUCACUGGAAUCAGAUCGUUAGAACAAACGACUCAAUCAUGGAUAAGAUGAUACUUCAUUUUCCUCCCGAAACCAUUUUAUGCAGUGACCGUGAAGAGUUUGGUGCACUGAAGUCAACGCAUUACAACCGAAUUGUCCUUGAUAGAGUAACUUUACUUGAACCGAGUUCUUGGUGGCCGAUGUGUUGUGAAAAUCUUCACACGCUAACUGUAAUUAACUGCAAUGUGCUUUUAGAGGAGCUGCUAAGAAUGCUGGAGCUAUCGAAAAUUCUUAAAGAUUUAACUGUUGAUUUUGGUGAUCUUAAAAAUGUGCCUGAGAUAAAAUUUCAGUUAAAAUCGUUGGAAAAACUAAACAUUUGUGGCGCCGCUCAUCCUGAAGUGUUGAAGACACUAAUGGAUAUGUGUCCGAAAAUAAUGACACUAAAACUACCUUACAUUGGAAAUACAGGCAAAAGCUUAGAUAAAGAAGUUUUAGAAUUAUGCAUACAAUUCAUUCUAUCUGUCAAAAAUACAUUGCAAGAUCUCACAGUGCAAGGAGGUCAGGAAGAUUUUUGGAGAAGCAUCAUUUCUACUAUCAGAAAUAUUCCGCUGAAGCGCUUAACUAGCCCGUUGCCUUCAAUAAAAGACCAAAACAUCCUCAAUGAACUCAAUGAGUUAAAUAUCGAAGCACUAUGUGUGACUAACAGUCUAUUCUCAUUUCUGAUAAACCCAUUUGGAAAAAAACUUCAAAUGCUUAAAGAACUAGAAGUUGAAAUAAGUUCAGACCAGCCUUCGGGUUUAUAUUUUGAUAAUCUUCAAGAGCUGCAACAUUUAAAGGUAAAGGGAGGAUUUCACUAUACACGAUCACUUACCAAACUAAAAAGUAUCGAAUUAAUAAAUCAUAACAGCUAUUUAUGUUUGCUCUGGGGCAACCCAAACCUCAACAGUAUAAUACUGCGUUCAUGCAAGAUAUAUAGUUUAACGGAUUUCUUCACUCAAUGCGCAACGCUGAAGACUCUUCAUAGUAUAGAAUUAAGCAAUGUUUCAGAAGAAAAUAAAAGCACCUGUUUCUUUAAACACUUACCCCACUUGAAAUGUUUAAAGCUAUCAGCAUGCAAAAUGUCGACAAAUUUCCUUAAAACAACGUUCACUCUUUGCCCAAACUUGGAGGAAGUUAGUUUGGUGCACAUGGAGAAUGUCAACGAUGAGGUGCUUUUGAAACUUUUCCAAAAAUCUGGCCCAUCUUUGAAAUUCUUCAUAACGUCACGUUUGACGCCAGUUUCAGUUCGGAACAUUGCCAAGUAUUGUGAUAAGAUAGAAAAAAUCACACUUUAUGAUGAAGUACCGGUUGAAGUUAUUAAAGAACUAAAAUGUCACAGAAAUGUUCAAAUUAUACACUAUAAAUAAUAAACAUAUAAAUCGAUGAAAUCUUUUCAAUGUCAUUGUUAUAAUUGACAAAUCUGGAUUUUGUUUUAAAAAAGGUUCAAUAAACCAAAUUAUCAAUUUUUGCUUUUUGGGUGUUUUUUAAUACCCUUUGACUCAAGGCGGUUUCAAAAACACCCAAAAAUCAAAAACUGGAAAUUUGGUUUAUUGGACCUUUAUAAAAAAAAACUCCAGAAAUAAUGUUUAUUUAUGUACUAAGCAUAUUACAAUUUGUUCACAUACCAUAUUUUGGUAUUUUUGCAUGACCCAAUCUCACCAUCCAGACCAAGUAUCACCCCUGAUGACGGUAACAACUAAUGUAUAGUGUUUCGGAGAUCCUUUUAUCUACACAGCAAAAAAUUAUGUGAAUUUGGAAGGUGUUAUUUUAGAAGGUUGAAUAUUACCUCUUUUAUGAUGUAAUUUUACCUCAAUUCAGACUGA